AGCACGGGCGGCGAUGGCGGCGGGCGUGGAGGGGCCGCGCGGGUUCUUGGCGCUGCUGGUGCUGGGCGUGCUGGCGGCCGGCGGCGAGGGCACAACUGGUUUUAUAAAGUCACCGCUGUCUCAAAAGAGACUGACUCAGGACAGCGUCGAGUUGUACUGCGAGGCGAUUGGCAAUCCCAUCCCUGAGAUCCAGUGGUGGUUCGAGGGGAACGAGCCAAAUGAGACCUAUGCUCAGCUUUGGGAUGGUGCACGGCAGGACCGUGUCAAAAUCAACGCCACCUACAACCUGCACUCCACCAGUACCAUCUACAUCGCAAACCUCACGGGCGACGACUCGGGCACGUACGAGUGCCGGGCCAGCAGCGACCCUGACCGCAACCACUUGUCGAAGAGCCCCAAAGUCAAGUGGAUCCGCUCACAGGCUAACGUUUUUGUCAUCGAACGUCCAGAAAUCCAGACAGGGUUCUCAGAGUCUGCUGGCAAGCUGGUCCUCAGCUGCAACCUAAGCGAUCCUUACUCUGCCAUCGAGGGUCGUGAAUGGAAGCAUGGAGACAAGAUACUUCAAACAGACAUGGAGUCAAGCACUUUCACCAGUUACACGAUCGAGGGGAAGAAGGAAGAGCACUCUGGUAUCUAUGAAUGCAUCUACAAAACAAGCCCAGAGAUAAAAGGAGAAAUUAAUAUAUCAGUUCUGCCCCAAGUUGUGGCAUACAAGAAGUCUGAGCAUGGGAAUGAGGGGGACACGGGGGUGCUGAUCUGCAAGAAUCCCUCUUUUCCUCCUGUCAGCACUUGGGUCUGGUACAGAAAUGGUCAAGAGUCCAUUGUCAAUGGAUCUGGUCGAUACAUCAUCAAGUCCAGCAGCAACAAGACAGAGUUACGCAUCCUGAAGCUGAACAUCGAGGAGGAUACGGGUGACUACCACUGCAGUGCCACCAAUUCUCUUGGCAUUGGCCAAGCUACAGUGAAUCUGCGCGUACGCAGCCGUCUGGCAGCACUCUGGCCCUUCCUGGGUAUAGUGGCAGAAGUCCUGGUCCUUGUCACCAUCAUCUUUAUCUACGAGAAGAGGAGGAAGCCAGAUGAAGUUCUUGAUGAUGAUGAUGGAGGUUCUGCACCGCUGAAAAGUAAUGCCACAAACCACAAGGACAAGAAUGUCCGCCAGAGAAAUGCUAACUAAGCAGGGGCCAGGUGAUAUGUAGCUGAAGAACUCGUCUGGAUUUUUUUUUUCUUCUUUGGUAAAAUAGCACCAUGAAAUAUUCUAGUGUGUCCUUGCGAUUGAGUUACUUCACUUUCUAAAGGAACUUAAGUUGUAGAAACUAAAAUACAUGUGUGUUUUUUUU